AUGCCCGACUACACCCUCUAUACCUACUUCCGCUCCUCGUGCUCCGGCCGGCUGCGCAUCGCGCUCAACCUCAAGGGCAUCGAGUACGCCGCCGUCCCCGUCAACCUUCUCAAGGGCGAGCAGGCCUCCGACGCGCACCGCGCGCUCAACCCGUCCGCCACCGUGCCGCUACUCGUCGCCCACCGCGAUGGUGACCUGCGCAUCGGGCAGUCCAUGGCCGCCCUCGAGUACCUCGACGAGGCGCACCCGGACGUCUCCCCGCUGCUCCCCGCGGACGCCAGCUCGCGCGCCGCGGCCCGCGCGCUGGCCAACAUCAUCGCUUGCGACGUCCAGCCCGUCACCAACCUGCGCAUCCUGAAGCGGCUGCGCGCCAUCGAGGGCGCCGAUGCCGAGGCCUGGAGCGUGGAGCUGAUCAACGAGGGCCUGCGCGCGUACGAGGAGACGGCGCGGGGCGUGGCGGGCAGGUACUCGGUCGGCGACGGGGUGUCGAUCGCGGACGUGGCGCUGAUGCCGGCGGUGUGGGGGGCGGAGCGGUUCGGGAUCAGCUUGGAGGCGUACCCGACGGUGAAGAGGAUCGCGGCGAACAUGAGCGCGCUUCCGGCGGUGCAGAAGGCGCACCCGUUCGUGCAGCCGGACUGCCCGGAAGAGCUCCGCGCCAAGUCUUGA